UGUCGGACACGUAGUGGGAACGAGCAGGUCCCGAUGCACAAGUCACGGCAACCCUCGGCGGAGAUGAAGGCGGACUCCGACUGGCUCUGAUUUUUAAAAGCCCUUUUCAUUCAGGCGGUCGGUUGCCAACGGUUAUCAAUAUGGCAGAGCCGUUAUCCCAGGCACCCACCGCUGCAAAAAUGGCGUCACUUAACCGGGUCCGAGCUUUGGCGAUGAUUUUCUUAACUGUCACUGGCUGUUGUGUCACCCCGACAAGUGGCAAGGAAGGGUCCGAGGAGACCGUCAUCAUAGGGCUCCGACUGGAGGACACGGACGACAUUUCCUUCAUGGAUAAGGGCUACCUGCGGGUGAGUGAGCGGUCUCGGGUGAAAUUAAGGGUGUACGGGCAGAACAUCAACAACGAGACCUGGUCCAAAAUUGCUUUCACGGAACAUGAGCGGAGCAGGACGGUAGGGAGCCUUGACAGUUCCUCGGGGGAUAACCAGAGCCAAGAGGACUCGUCCGGCUUGCAUCCCUGCGGUAUUAGGACUUCGGAUAUAAUUAUAUUGCCCAACAUCAUCCUGAAUCGAAAGACGUCCGGAAUAGUUGAAAUUGAGGUCAAACCCCUGCGGAAGACGGAGAGGAGUAAAGCGUAUUACCUUUGCAUCGCCACCGCGACACCGGCCGUGGCCGGGAUGCACGACCCGUGGACGGAGAACACCUGGAUCUACCACGAUGGGGAUGACACCAAAGUGAUAGUGGUGGAGGAGAAAAAGUUUCUGCUGCCUUUCUGGCUCCAGGUCAUCUUCAUCUCCAUGUUGCUGUGCCUGUCGGGCAUGUUCAGCGGGUUGAACCUGGGGCUCAUGGCUCUGGACCCCAUGGAGCUCCAGAUAGUCCAGAACUGCGGCACGGAGAAGGAGAAGAAUUACGCCAAAAAAAUAGAGCCGGUCAGGAGUCAAGGGAAUUACUUGCUUUGCUCGCUUCUGCUCGGGAACGUGCUGGUGAACACCACGCUGACCAUCCUGCUGGAUGAUAUCGCCGGGUCGGGGUUGAUAGCAGUGGUCAUGUCCACCAUUGGAAUAGUCAUUUUUGGGGAAAUCGUGCCCCAGGCCAUCUGCUCCAGACACGGCCUCGCUGUCGGGGCCAACACCAUAUUCCUCACCAAGUUCUUCAUGCUGCUCACCUUCCCUGCGUCCUACCCGGUGAGCAAGCUGCUAGACUACCUCCUGGGACAGGAGAUAGGAACCGUGUACAACCGGGAGAAGCUUCUGGAGAUGCUGCGCGUCACGGACCCCUACAACGACCUGGUGAAGGAGGAGCUCAACAUCAUCCAGGGCGCGCUGGAGCUCAGGACUAAGACCGUGGAGGACGUCAUGACGCCGCUGAGAGAUUGCUUCAUGAUCCCCGGGGAUGGCACCCUCGACUUUAACACCAUGUCCGAGAUCAUGAAGAGCGGCUAUACGCGCAUCCCAGUCUUCGAGGGCGAGAGGUCCAACAUAGUGGAUCUGCUCUUUGUCAAGGACCUGGCGUUUGUGGACCCAGAUGAUUGCACCCCUCUCAAAACCAUCACAAAGUUUUACAGCCACCCGUUACAUUUUGUGUUCAAUGAUACCAAGUUGGAUGCAAUGCUGGAGGAGUUUAAAAAAGGAAAAUCUCACCUGGCCAUAGUUCAGAGGGUGAACAAUGAGGGUGAGGGAGACCCUUUCUACGAGGUGCUGGGUAUCGUCACGCUGGAGGACGUUAUUGAAGAAAUCAUCAAGUCAGAGAUCCUGGACGAGACUGACUUGUACACUGACAACAAGACGAAGAAGAAAAUCACCCAUCGGGAAAGGAAGCAGGAUUUCUCAGCCUUCAAGCCUACCGACAAUGAAAUGAAGGUUAAAAUAUCACCUCAGCUUCUGCUGGCUACCCUGCGUUUCCUAGCAACAGAGGUCGAGCCGUUCGCACCGGUGCAAAUGUCAGAAAAGAUUCUUCUGCGCUUGUUGAAGCACCCCAACGUCAUCCAGGAGCUGAAAUACGAUGAGAAGAACAAGCGGGCGGCCGAGCACUACCUCUUCCACAGGAACAAGCCCGUGGAUUAUUUCAUCCUUGUACUGCAGGGGAAGGUGGAGGUGGAGGCAGGGAAAGAGGGGAUGAAGUUUGAAGCAGGACCGUUCUCCUUUUAUGGGAUGAUGGCUCUGACAGCCUCGCCAGUGCCUCUCUCUCUGUCUCGUACAUUUGUGGUCAGUAGGGCUGAAUCAUUAGCAGGAUCUCCAGAGAAUAAAUCUCCUCCACGGCCGUUUGGACUCAACCACUCCGACUCCCUGAACAGGAGCGAUCGUAUAGACGCCAUCACUCCGACCCUCGGCAGCAGCAACAACCAGCUCAACUCCUUUCUGCAGAUCUACGUACCUGACUAUUCAGUCAGAGCGCGCUCAGACCUGCAGUAUAUAAAGGUUACACGCCAACAGUACCAGAACGCUGUAAUGGCGUCACGGAUGGACAAAACGCCCCAGUCAACAGACAGUGAGUUCACUAAGAUUGAGCUCACUCUGACAGAGCUCCACGAUGGAGUGGAGACCCCCACAGUCGUCACCACCACAGCCAGCAUCACAAGCACCACCCCUGCCGUGUCCGUAUCCGUGGCCAACGAGACGUCCCACCUGCUCAACCAGCAGCAGAACUGUGUAGGCCUCAGCAGGAGCAACCACAGCGCCCACAACGAGGGACCCAUCUAGCCCCUGCCGAGCCUGGUGGAGACCCCAGACCCUCCACCCUGUCACGUGGACACACGCGGAGCGGUGGCGUAGAUGGAGAUGAGGGAAAGUGGGAAGCAGAGGUGGGUAGAGUAAGGGUUCUGCUCCAACCAGUAGCCCCCAGUCAGUCAGUGAGACCCUUUCAUGGAGGGGCAGUGGGGAAGACGGGUGCUGUGUCACCCUGAAUGCCCCCACCUGAACGCUGUCAGAAUUCCUGCUGUACUACACCCUCUUACAGAGGGUGCACUCGGACAGUACCUGCGACUGAGCUUCUAUUUUGGGACAAUCUGACACUUUCAUAGCGGUGACUUGGACAAGAGGACGACAGAGUGCACGCAAACCCCGUCCCUUUCCCCUACAAACACACACGCACACGCACACACACACACACACACACACACUCGCUGUAUUUUCUCCUCAGGCCAAAGACUUUGGUCCCCCCUUCUUACACUGGACACAGACUGUUUUUGCUGACAUACACACACAUAUUCAAGCACCGACACAUUUCCAAACACACACAUACACACGCACAAAUGCAACUCCCCCACCCGCGCAUCUUUCAGGGAGGCUCAGUCGACUGUUGAUCCCAAACCCAAACAAGCAGAGUGAACAGUUGGUCAAAGACUGCACCAAAAACCGCUUUGAAAGAAACCGUUAAACCAUGAACCAAGAAUGUUUUCCUGUAUUUAUUUAUUUUAUAAUAUUGUAUGUAUAUAUAUGUAUGCGUGGAGACAUGAUAUGACAUAAACUGGCAUACGAGCAUGCGCGAGCAUGUACAUGAAGCCGUGCGUGGCGCUCUCAUGUCAUAUCAAAAAGGACAUGCUACAUAUAUGUAGACGAACAUCCGUUCAUGUAUAUGAGGAGGUGAGGGUCUUUUACAGAUACAGUAUGUAUAUUACAGAUCCUGUUAUUUUUACUAUUAUCCUAAAUCAGGCUUAUGGUACACUAUCUUUUUCACCUUUAAAAAAAAUCACACUAUUGCCUUUAAGAGAAAUCAUAUAAUUAAUUAUUUUAACAAAGUGCAAUGAAAGCAAUUUAUUUAAGAGAUGAUUAUGAAUUAAAAGAAUCACUGUAUUAUAAAUUGACAGAUAUAUUUGUAUGUAUGUAUUGUAUGUAUAUGUAUAUUUGUUUUUUGUUUUUGUUUUUGAAAAAUUGCUAAACUGCAGCCAUCCACAAGCAAAACUGUCCUUAGUCAGUCUCUCUUUCUCUUUGUCUCUUUCAUGUUUUUGCAUCCUUUGACCUCAAACACGACGUCUGCUCUACGUUCAUAUGGGAGUAACGAUGCUUAGACUAUUCACCACGGUGUAGUGGGGGGAGGGGGAGGGGGAGGGGGAGGUGAAAGUGACAUGGCACCUAUGCAUGCGGAGGUUAUGUGUCUUUUUUUUUUUUGCCAAUUUUACGCAUAAUCAAACUUGAUAAUUGCACAGUAUUAAUGACCUCAUCUAACAUGUUGAGCAUCAUCAACGUCACAAAAAGUAACCUCGACAUUAAACAUGUCCAUGAAUGAUACACAGCUAUGCUUUUCCACUGUUUAUGUGUGUGACUGUGUCGUGGCUUUUUUUUUGUUUGUUUGUUUUUUUUGUAUGUGUGUUACUUGCAUGUGUGUGUCUAUAAAACAUAACCCGGCGGUUCAGUUGAUAAAGGCUAUUUUUUGACAGCGGUGAAUGUGAAAGAGACGACACUUUACUUGGCUCCCCACACAACGCAGAUUAUAAUCCAUUCUUAAUAACUAUUGAAUUAAUUCAGAUCAAAAUCUAAAAUAUUCUUUAAAAAUGUUGGCUGCUAUUAAAGAGAGAUAUUUAUGUUGAUUUCAUUUUACAUUAGAAACUCUGUAGCCAUUUAUUUUUUAUUUCUUUCACAAUUUCAAAAAAACACAAUUAAAGAAGAGUUUGACAUUUUGGGAAAUACACUGAUUUGCAUUCUUGCUGAGAGUUUGACAGAUUUUUAUAAUAACUCGACACCGGAUGGCAAAAUGGCUUCUAUUUAUUCCGGUUGAGUUGCUCACCUGGUGCAUGCACCAUAAAAAGUUUUCAUCUUCAGGGUUUACAGCCCACUGUCUCUCCCGCUGGCCCAGCCCGCAAGUUCACAUUUGGCUCAUAGACUUCGCAUUGUGAUGACAUCACAGUUUUUAAAAUUGCUUUUCUCUGCCCCAGAAAAGUUUUAGAAAUAUAAAACCACCAUGGAUCAAACUUUUAAAAUGAAAAAAAGUCAUAAUUUACCUUGUUUGCACUUUGAGGUGUCCUGUCAACAGUUUCACGGACAUCUCUUUUAUAAUGGUGGAGAAUUGUUUCGCUGCAGUACCCCAAAUGGUCACUGGGAAAACUGGCUGCAAGGCUGAGCAGCAUUCCAGGGGGCCUGUCAAUGAGAGGGUGGUGAUAACUCUUAACACUAACUGCUAGCUUGAUUAGCACAUUGCAUUUACGUUAACUGUGAUAAUACAAAGGCUAAUGCUAAUUUUCUCUAGCAAACUACAGGUUUAAAACCAUUGAAACAAAAUGUACUCGACAGAAAAACUGAACAUCCGACUCUUUUUAAACAAACAAAACAUUACAUUUGACCUGAAAACAGUCUGAAUGAGAAACAGCACUACCGCUACACCUAGCUGUCAUCGAAUGUACGUUGUCACCAUUGUAUAUAAAAUGUAAACAGGUGAGUUAAAUAAAAAUUCACCCUUGUACAGGUGUCAUGAUGGAGGAAGAUUAUCUAUAGCAAUCCCAACCGUUCUUUGAACCAGGCUGUAAACAUGUUUAUUUGAACAUGGGGGUCUGUGGGGACUGACUCGCUGGAGCCAUCCUCAAGUGGCCAUUUGCGGAACUGCAGUUUUUGGCACUUUGGCAUUGGCUUCAUUUUUUUGCCCCGGAGGUUGCUGCUUGACCAUCACCAUCUCUAAGGCUCAUUAAUUACUCCUGGAAGUCACUGCUCGGGGCCAAGAAAGUCUGGCACAUAACACCUGUAAAACCACAACUUGAUGUUUUACACUAAUAACAGGAUAUAACUAUAAAACUGCUUCCAACUUCUCAACCCCUCGGCAAGAAAGCAAAUAAGUGUACAUGUCAAACUAUUCCUUCGAGUCUUUUUAAUGUUUAUUUUAUUAGUAUUUUAUAUGUGAUUGCUUUAGUACUUGCUCGCCCUUAUUGUUUUACCUCAUAAAGACAGGAAAGAGUUUUAAGAUACUGUAUGUGCUUGAAAUUUUUUCCUAAAGCUACAAAAGUCUUAGUGUAGAGUAAUUCUGUUUACUUCAUAUCUGUAGGGAUGUAGAUUUUUAUCUCUUUGACUAAAACGUGACUUUGAUUCCACUUCCAGGCCUGAUCAUUAACAUUACAUGUACUGUACGCUGGCUGUUUCCUCGCCACCUUACAGGCAACAUCAGUGUCUUAAAGCUGAGUCCUCCUUAUAUUCAGUUGCAGUCUGUAACCACUGGUGGUCGCUGUUUCCACAUGUAAUCUAAUGUGUGUGUAAUGGCCCCUGAAAGCAGCACACAUGGACGGACAGCCUCUCCAUCUGCUCAGCCACGAGGGGCGUCUCGGUUGUAUAACCAGACACAGAGUACGUCUGCAUUGUUUGCAGCUGUGUUCGCUGUUGUUUAUUGUUUACUUGAAAGUGCUCCUAUGCAGCAGGCCCGCUCCUGCUCUGCUGGGACAAUCACUCCAGAGGCGAAGCGACGAAUGAUGAUCAGGUUGUAAAAACUGUGCUCGGGACAUUCAUACUCUGCUUUACAGACUCAGUGCCUGACAGGAGAACAAGAAGCAUGAUGGUAGAACAAAAGCCCAAACGCACAACAGGAAACACUGGGGGAAGCAUCAGCUGUGACUCCAUCAUUUUAAUACACACACACUUGUUAUCAUUUUCUCUCACACACUCCAUCCUCUGCUGAACACAAGAGUAUCAUCCUUCCAUUAUGUGAAUGCUUUGCAGGCCUGUGUUGAACUGGUCUUUUGUCCAUCCCAACGCUGCUACUGUACACAUGUGCUGUCCAUAAUGCUUCUUCUACCUGACGACGUUCCCAUUGCCUCCUCCAGCUGGUGGUUUAAUAAAAAAGUGAA